AUGCGGCUUCCUGUCACGUCCCUCCUUCCCUUGCUCGUCGUUGUCCUCCUCCUCGACGUUACCGCCGUCACCUCGACAUUCAUCCCCACCGACAGCACACAGCAGACAAGAGGCGUGCGCCUGGACAAGAGGACCAAGCGGGCAGCCAAGAUGGACGCAAAGACGUUUGCAGACACCGAAUUCACCCACCUCAUUGUCGGAGGUGGAACCGCGGGCUUGGCCCUGGCGGGGCGCCUCUCGGAGGUGCAGAGCUACACCGUGGGCGUCCUCGAAGCUGGACCAUCGGGCGUGGGCGACCCCAUCAAUGACAUUCCCGGCAUGUUCGGUGCCAAUCUGGCAUCCAAGUACAACUGGAACCUCACGACCACGACAUCAGAAAGCGGAGCGCCGGCAAUUGCCUGGCCGCGUGGAAAAGUCCUCGGUGGCUCCUCUGUCCUCAACUUCCUCGUCUGGGACCGAAGUGCCUCGGUCGAGUACGACGCCUGGGAGCAGCUGGGCAACCCAGGAUGGAACUGGAAGAACCUCUACAAGUACCUCAAGAAGAGCGAGGAGUUCCACACGCCUUCGGCCGACGACGCCAAGAAGCUCCACAUCCAACCCAACGCGGCAAACUACGGCGACAAGGGCCCCAUCCAGGUCUCCUACCCGCGUUACAUCUCUGAGCAGGUCCAGCGCUGGAUCCCUGCCCUCCAGAGCCUCGGCAUUCAGCGCAACAACGAGCCACUGGCCGGCAAAAAUGUCGGCGCCUCUGUCCAGCCGUCCAACAUCAACCCCAACAACUCGACGAGGUCGUACUCGACGGCAUACGUCAUUCCCCACGAGCAGCGCAAGAACCUGCACAUUGUCACCGAGGCCACCGUGUCCAAGAUUGUGCUCGAGAAGAGCGGUGCUGAGCAAAAGGCCACCGCCGUCGAGUUCUACGUCAACGGCCAAAAGUACACCGUCAAGACAUCGAACCAGGUCAUUGUCUCGGCCGGCUCCGUCCACACGCCCCAGAUCCUCGAGCUGAGCGGCAUCGGCGCCAAGAGCGUUCUCGACAAGGCCGGCGUCAAGCAGCUCGUUGACCUGCCUGGCGUGGGCGAGAACCUGCAGGACCACACGUACACCAGUGCCGCCUACGAGAUCAAGGAGGGCAUCGCCACGCUUGACUCGCUGCGCAACAACGAGACCUUUGCCGCUCAGCAGCAGAAGGCCUACCAGUCCAACCAGACGUCUAUCCUCGACGAGACGGUGCCCAGCAUUGCCUACCUCAGCCUCAAGGAGCUCGUUGGCGACGAUAAGGCUGCACAGCUCCAGAGCGAGGCAAAGGACUACGUGAACAAGAGCACGAGCACGUACAAGUACGUGCUCGAGAAGCAGCUCGACUUCCUCACCAAAUACCCAGACACCGUCGGCCAGAUGGAGAUGAUUGCCAUCGACGGCUACUUUGCCACGAGCGGCGCUCCCGAGACCAACAAAAACUACGUCACCUUCCUCGCUGCUCAGCAGCACCUCCUCAGCCGCGGCCACGUUCACAUCAACUCGUCGGACGUCAACACUGCCCCCGUCAUCUCGCCCAACUACUUUGACGCGCCCUUUGACCUCGACAUUUCGACGGCAGGGACCGAGUACAUGCGCAAGAUUGCCAACAGCUCGGCCUACGCCGACCAAUACAUCACCAAGGAGGUCCUCCCCGGCGACGUGGACAUCAAGAACUACACGCUCAAGACCUUUACCACCGAGUACCAUCCCAUCGGCACAGCGUCGAUGCUCCCCCGCGCCAAGGGCGGCGUCGUUGACCCCUCGCUCAAGGUCUACGGCACGUGCAACGUCCGUGUCGUCGACGCCUCGGUCAUCCCCAUCCACAUCAGCGCCCACAUCCAGAACACCGUCUAUGGCGUCGCCGAGUACGCCGCCGACAUCAUCAAGGGGCUUCAAAAGUGA